GCUCAUGCCCCGAGGAGCCAAGCACUGCACAACGAUGGCUGGGGGCCGCUUGAGAACAGUGACCCCUCCUUAGAGGCUUACCGCCACCCCGGCAUGACCAUGCCAGAAUCUGGCCACAACUCAAGGGACAAUACCAUAUUACCAACUGCAAGAACGUUUGUUCUUUACACCAACAAAACACUCCCAGUCAGGAACCACUCAGCCUUCCUCUUGUUGACGUUCCCACCUCCCAUAACGACAACCCCCGAGAAUGCCGAAGCACACAGUUUACCUGCUCACUUUUGACCGUGGUACACAUCCACUGACAGUCGCCGUCAAACCAUACCACUGGAUGUAUUUCAUCGAGACGGAAGUCCAUGACCAUAACAGUCGGGGCUAUGCAUUCCAACCCCGCGGCAUGCCGGGAGGCUUCUACUAUCCCGGACCGGAGACACUGGACCCUGCCUCAGAGCUUGGCGAGCCCAAAGACAGACUUGAGGUUGGUCAAGUUGACGACUCAGAUAUGCUCGAUUGUAUCCACGAAAUCAUGGCCGAUGUCGAAAUUGUCAAGGACGAGGUGUCGAGCUGGAACUGUCAGGAUUGGGCUCUUGCCGGGCUCGGGCGGCUGAAUGAGAAAGGGAUUGUGUAUGAGCACAUGACGGAGGAGGUUGUGAGAAGCUGGCUGAAGGAGCGUUGACCUUCCUGCGUUUGGGCAAGUCGAUUAGUGCAUUCUCUUUCUGUAACACCUGGCACAAAUCCCCCGUU